AUGCCUUCAACGGACACAAGCGCUAUUGCUUCAUGGAAUAAUAUUUCAGCUAAUAUCAAUCGGUAUUUUUCAAUAGUCAUUUUUCUUUUUGGAACAAUCGGAAACAUUCUCAAUAUAAUUAUUUUAUCACAACGACAACUUCGAACCAAUCCAUGUUCAUUAUUUUUUCUUAUUUCAUCUAUGGCCAAUCUUAGUGCUAUAUUAUCUGGUUUGACAACGCGUAUGCUAUCAGGUUGGGCUUUAGACUUAACCAAUACAAUCGAUUGGUUAUGUAAACUUCGUGCUUUUGGUUUAUUUCUUUCAAGAAAUGCUGCUUCAUGGCUGCUGAUGUUAGCUACUAUGGAUAGAUGGCUUUUAUCAUGUAGAAAUUCUCAUUAUCGAGAGAUGAGCACAUUAAAAAAUGCUUAUCGUGGAACUAUUAUGACUAUUUUUCUUUCGACUUGUCUUUACUGUGCAGUCUUUUAUUGUUAUGAAGCGAAUUUAAUCAAUACUCCACUAGCAUGUUAUGGCAAAACGUUGGCUUGCCGUUUUAUAAAUGAUUUAAGUUAUGCAUGUCUGACAAUAUUGUUUCCUAUGAUCAUCAUGUUAAUAUUUGGUUUAGUGACAAUACGUAAUAUUCGUAAAGUUAAAAAUCGUAUUCAUGUGGCAAGUAUUACUGGAAAGCGGGGCACGGGAAAUUCAUCGACUGUAAGACGUUCAAGGCAAGAUAGACAGAAAAAAUUAGAUUAUCGACUGUUCUUCAUGCUUUUCAUACAAAUUAUUCUCAUGUGUAUAUUAACGCUGCCUCAAGCUGCUGGAAAAUUAUAUUCAACUUUAACAUCAGCUGAAAAGCAAACACCAUUGACGACAGCAAUUGAAAACUUUGUAUUUAAUUUGUUUCUUUUAAUGACUUAUGUUGCACACGGAAUGCCAUUUUAUAUUUAUGCAUGGAGUGGGGGCCGAAUUUUUCGAAAUGCAAUCAAGACUUUGAUUAAAAAAUAUAUCAUAAAAUGA